AUGGAAAAAAGAUUAUCUGAAAUCCCCGAACCAAAGCAGUCAAAUCGACGACUUUCUGUCGUUUCCAAUAGUGAUACGGCAAAACCUGAAAAUAAUUCUUCUUUUCAUACUUAUGUUGUCUCCCCAGUUCAAACAUUCUUCCAUUCUCAUGUAGUCCGGCCAUCUAAAGAAACCCCUUUAGUAUUUUAUUCUGUCUUAUUAAUUCUUUUGUCCAUAUUACUUCUUCUUGUCCUUUUGCUUGGUAGUUCUAAAACUAUUUAUUUGUCAAAAUUUACUUUUGACGAACCGAUAAAAUUUAUUACGCAUAAAAGUGAUAUAAUUUUCACUCUAUACGGCCAUUGUGUAGAUGAUUCAUGCACUACUCCUUCACUGGUUAAUAAUUUUGAUAAAUUGCCCUCCUCUUCAGACAUCACUGCUAAAUCAUCCUCAAAUCAAAAACGUCUCGACAUUCCAACUCCUUCAAUCCCAACUCCUUCAAUUCCUGAUAUUCCAUCUAGUGUAGAACCGGCUGUUUCGGCCGUUAGUAGUGAUGUCACCAAUGCUGCAAAUACUGCUGCAAGUACUGCUGCGGAUAUUGCUGCAAAAGCUCCGGGUUUAUUAUCUGAAUUAUUAAGUGCUUUCGAUAAUUUUAAACCAAGAAGUCCUACUGCUAACAUUUCGGGUUUUUUUUCAAUUCCUUAUUUAAUAGCUUUAAUAUUUAAUGUAAUUUCUUUACCUUUAUUAUAUUUUCAUUUUACAAUUAUUGCUGCUUUACUCAUAUUGUCUUCUACCAUACUUAAUACCAUUGCUUGUUUUUUUGAUCUCUUACUUUUUGUUUGGGUAUUUGAUCUUAUUUCUAUUAUUCCUGGUAUUGGAAGUCAAAAUACUGGUCCUGGCAUUUACUUGGCUACUAUGAGCGCUUCUUUUCUAACUGUUGCCACUAUAUUAUUAUGUAUUAGCUCAUGUAGUUCGGCUAUCAAGAGCACUAGUAAAUGCUUAAAAAAAUUAAGAAAGACAAAAGUUAAUGAUGCUGAAAAAGGGGAUCAAUACCCUUAUUUUUAA